CAUCAACACACCAGCCUCUUCUUGGCAAGGUACCGGUACAUCGAUCAACCGAAAUUCCUGAUCGUGCCUUGGUCCUGAGAGUGAGCAUGCGUAGGACGAGUUUCGAAAGGUACUUAACCCGACGCCGGUGCGCGUCGGAGGGAGAUCGAGCUGCCCGUUAAUGUCCGCAUGAUGGUAUUUGUACGCUUUGUACUGGGUCUUCUCACCGCUUGUGCAGUCUUUGCGCUCCCGGAGAAUCGGACCGAUCCAUCAUUCGAUGCUGUGGUCGACAAAGGCACCUUUCAGAACCCCUCCAAGAACGUGCGCCCGAAGUUCCGGUAUUGGAUCCCAGAUGCCUCUGUCGACACAGAGGUAGUCGCGCGAGAUGUCCAGAGCGCUGCAGAGAUCGGCUGCGGCGGGCUUGAGCUGCUUGGUUACUACCUCUAUGGCGGGCCUCCUACAAACGGUGCAGGUCGCGGCGGUUAUGCACCCGCGGACUGGGCGCAAUACGGAUUUGGAACUCCAGCGUGGCAUAAGGUAUUCAGAGCGUUCGUUGAUGCUCAUCGCGAGAAUGACCUGAUCAUGGACUUUGCGAUGGGUCCGAACCAGGGUACGGGUGUACCAGCUCCCAUCGAAGAGGACGGUCUGAUGUGGGACAUCUCGGCGUACAACGUCACAGUCCCGAUUGGAGGCACUUUCGAUGGUGUGCUUCCAGGAUGGGGGCUGGGGAAGCUGCAAGGUGCAGUCUCAGCCACUAUUUUAGGCUCUCAAAAUAUCACUUCAAACGAUCCAUCAGGUGGCCUGCCAGGAGAUCAGCAUCUAAACCGAACGCAGAUCACUCUGUCAACAGCGAGCCUAACCGAUGUCACCGAGCAGGUGGAUGGGUCAGGCCAUCUUAAGCUCGAUUUCUCGUCAUCAAAUACCACGAUCGCGGGGAGCGAAGGCCACAUAAUAUUCGCGAUCUACUUAUACAAGUCGUUGUACCGUGCACAACAAGGUCCUCUAGAGAUUGGCGGCCCUCAAAGCCCGCCAGAAUCAUAUAUCAAUAAUGGGUCCUGGGCUGUCGACCACUUCUCAGCGCUCGGUGCACAAGUCAUGACCAAGUUCUGGGAAGACCACAUCCUGAAUAAUGGGACGAAAGACCUACUGCAGCAAGUCGGAAACUACGGCUGGGAAGACAGUGUCGAAAUUCAGGCCAACGUCUACUGGACACAAAAUCUGUCCAGUAUUUUCGAAGAGCAGCAUAAGUACUCUAUCAACAAGUGGCUUCCGAUUCUUUUCCACCGCAAUGGAAAGUACAAGCAGUCGAACCCUGGCGUCUGGUACGUCACUGACGAACCAGACAAUGGUAACGCACACAUCGCAGACUACAGAGCUACGCUUGCGACGCAGUACCAGGUCUACGAGUCCGCAGUAAAGAAAUGGCUGAACGAGUAUCUUGGACUGCAAUUCUCGGCACAGUUGUCGUACAAUCUCCCGAUGGACAUGCUGGCCAACAUCCCCACAGUCGAUGCACCAGAGACAGAAUCUCUCGACUUCAGCGACUUGAUCGAUGGUUACCGCCAGUAUUCUGGACCUGCAAAUCUCGCCCGUCGCCGCGUUAUUUCGUCCGAGUGUGGCGCUGUACGAGGCGAGGCGUAUGUGGAAACGCUACCUGAAAUUCUCUGGAAGGUCAAACGGUCGUAUGCAGGAUCUAUCAACCAGUUCGUAUUCCAUGGUUUUCCGUAUUCUGGACAUUACGGCAACACUACAUGGCCCACCUGGUCCACCUUCACUUACCAGUACUCUGCUAUGCACGGCCCUCACGAACCCGCAUGGGAUUUCUACAGAGACCAAUUCGACUUCAUCGCGCGCAAUAACUGGGUGUUCCAGACGGGAAUCCCGCGCAUGGACAUUGCCAUCUGGCAGAAGAUGACCGUUUACCCCGGACACAUUGAGGCGCGGACCUAUCAGCCGACCGAUCUCGAGGAGGCCGGCUACUCCUACGAGUACCUCAGCCCAGAUAAUCUCGACCUUCCCGCUGCAAAGGUGGUGGAUGGUAUUCUAGCGCCAGAUGCGCAGGCCUUCAAAGUGCUUGUGCUGCGGCAGAAUGACUCGCUCACUCUCGAUGGUGUGUCCAAGCUCGUUGAGUUCGCGAAUGCCGGACUACCUAUCGUGUUUGCGGGGGGAAAGCCUUCGACAUUGGUGGGUACGGUCGCCCCAACAGUGCAACGCCAGGUACUCCGUGACAUUGACGCGAUCUCGCGACUUCCAAAUGUGCACGUCACCGACUCGUAUCUCGUCGCGUCGACAAUUGCAUCGCUUGAGAUCCAGCCACUGACCAAAGUCUCAACCAACGCAUCAUGGUACACAUAUUGGCGGUACGAUCCUGCAACAGACACCGACUACGUCUUCGUCUACAACGACGCAAUGUACGAGCCGCCAGGCCAGGGCGCCUCCACAGGCACUAUCGAGUUUCAUUCCACCAAGACACCCUACGAAUACAACGCCUGGACCGGCGAAAAGGUGCCCAUACUUACGUACACCACGACGAACACUACGACAACCAUCCCUUUCCGCCUUGCCGGCAACCAGUCCACCAUCGUCGCCUUCGAGUCACCCUCACAUAACGUCCCAGCACACGUGCCUGUGAACCGCUCCGCGCCCGACAUCCUCGGCACUGCCCUCAAAGGCGGAACCGCAAUCCUCAAGACCGCGUGCGCAAGCGCACCCGCCUUCACUCUCAGCAACUGGACCCUCACCGUCGAGCACUGGGACCCGCCCGCCGACUUGUAUAACUACACCUCCGGCGCGCUAAAGCACAACACCACGCACCACCUCCCUAGCCUCGUGUCCUGGCUCGAGAUACCCGGGCUGCAGAAUGUGAGUGGGAGGGGAUACUACAGCACUACCUUCAUCUGGCCCCCCGGCACCUCUGCCUCAAGCUCAGCUGCAGAUACACCAGGAGGGGCGUUCAUUGACUUCGGCCCCGUCUAUCACACCCUCCGCGCCUCCCUUAAUGGACGCGCACUGCCACCACUAGAUGUAACAGCCGCGCGCGCGGAUAUACAAGACUACUUGGUAGAAGGCGUGAAUAGGGUGGAAGCAGUGGUCGCGACGCCACUAGGAAACGUGUUGCGGCCUAUUUGGGACUUGCUGGAGAGUAGUGGCGAGGGGCCCGCGAGUUCCGAUGCAGGACCAGCGCACGGGUUCGUACCGCCGCCGCAGGGGAGGUACGGGUUGGGUUCGGUGAGGGUUGUGCCGUAUGUCGAGGUUGGAGCUGAGUAGCAGAAGCGCGACAGACGGUUGCACUAAUGAUACGCUUUGAGGGGAU